UUUGCUUUCUUUACUCUCCUCGUCCCGGUAACGGUCGCAUUUGCCCUCCGUUGUCUGCGGUUUCCAAACACACACUUUCGGCCACCGACCAUCUGUUUUGGAAGCAUGUCUAAGGGACCAGCAGUCGGCAUUGAUCUAGGAACCACCUACUCCUGUGUUGGUGUGUUCCAGCAUGGCAAGGUUGAAAUCAUUGCCAAUGAUCAGGGUAAUAGGACCACACCAAGUUAUGUGGCCUUCACCGAUACAGAGAGGCUGAUCGGAGAUGCAGCCAAAAACCAGGUGGCAAUGAACCCCACCAACACCGUUUUUGAUGCCAAGAGACUCAUUGGGCGACGAUUUGAUGAUCAUGUUGUACAGUCUGACAUGAAGCAUUGGCCUUUUAAUGUAAUCAAUGACAACACCCGUCCAAAGGUCCAGGUUGAAUACAAAGGAGAAACAAAGUCCUUCUACCCUGAGGAGAUUUCUUCAAUGGUGUUGACAAAAAUGAAGGAGAUUGCAGAAGCCUACCUUGGAAAAACGGUCAACAAUGCUGUUAUCACAGUACCAGCCUACUUCAAUGACUCCCAACGUCAGGCAACCAAGGAUGCAGGCACAAUCUCUGGUCUUAAUGUUCUUCGCAUCAUCAAUGAACCAACUGCUGCUGCAAUUGCCUAUGGGCUGGACAAAAAGGUUGGCUCCGAGAGGAAUGUUCUUAUCUUUGAUCUUGGUGGUGGCACCUUUGAUGUUUCCAUCUUGACAAUUGAGGAUGGUAUUUUUGAGGUCAAGUCUACUGCUGGAGACACUCAUCUUGGUGGUGAAGAUUUUGACAACCGCAUGGUUAAUCACUUCAUCGCAGAGUUUAAACGCAAAUACAAGAAAGACAUCAGUGACAACAAGAGGGCUGUCCGCCGCCUGCGCACUGCUUGUGAGAGGGCAAAGCGCACACUGUCUUCCAGCACUCAAGCAAGUAUUGAAAUUGAUUCCUUGUACGAGGGAGUCGACUUUUAUACGUCCAUCACCAGGGCACGUUUUGAGGAGCUUAACGCAGACCUUUUCCGAGGCACCCUUGAUCCUGUGGAGAAGUCACUUCGUGAUGCUAAGAUGGAUAAAGGUCAGAUUCAUGACAUUGUUUUAGUUGGUGGCUCCACUCGCAUCCCGAAGAUCCAAAAACUACUCCAAGACUUCUUUAAUGGAAAAGAGCUCAACAAAAGCAUCAAUCCUGAUGAAGCGGUGGCUUAUGGAGCUGCUGUGCAGGCUGCGAUCCUGUCUGGAGACAAGUCUGAGAAUGUCCAAGACUUGCUGCUUCUGGAUGUCACUCCACUUUCUCUGGGUAUAGAGACUGCUGGUGGGGUGAUGACAGUCUUAAUCAAACGCAAUACUACAAUUCCUACCAAACAAACCCAGACCUUUACUACAUACUCUGAUAACCAGCCUGGGGUGCUCAUCCAGGUUUAUGAAGGUGAGCGUGCCAUGACCAAGGACAACAACCUGCUGGGAAAGUUUGAACUGACAGGAAUUCCUCCUGCUCCUUGGUGUCCUCAGAUUGAGGUGACAUUUGAUAUUGACGCAAAUGGAAUCAUGAAUGUUUCUGCUGUUGAUAAGAGCACUGGCAAGGAAAACAAAAUCACAAUCACUAAUGACAAAGGUCGUCUUAGUAAAGAGGACAUUGAGCGCAUGGUCCAAGAAGCUGAGAAGUACAAGGCAGAAGAUGAUGUUCAGCGUGACAAAGUGUCUGCAAAGAAUGGCCUGGAGUCCUAUGCUUUCAACAUGAAGUCAACUGUGGAGGAUGAGAAGCUUGCUGGCAAGAUCAGUGAUGAGGACAAACAAAAGAUCUUGGAUAAGUGCAAUGAAGUCAUCAGCUGGCUGGACAAGAACCAGACUGCUGAAAGAGAUGAGUACGAGCACCAACAGAAGGAGCUUGAGAAAGUAUGUAAUCCCAUCAUCACCAAACUGUACCAGAGUGCUGGGGGCAUGCCUGGAGGAUGCCAGAGGGAAUGCCAGGAGGUUUCCCUGGAGCUGGUGGUGCUGCUCCUGGCGGUGGCUCUUCUGGACCAACCAUUGAAGAAGUUGAUUAAACAUUCCAUGACUUCACCUUCUAAGAUCUUUACUAAGAAAACCCUCUUUAAGUGCAAUAUGCAAUCUAUAAAGAGUGUAAUGAGGUUAAACCAGUUUCCUUUUAUUACCAUUACUUGAAGGACGAGUACAACUUUGUCACUUCCUAUGGGGUGAUUUACAUAUUUGGAUGUCACUCUACAAUAAAUGCUGAAACCAC